UCCAUGUGAAGAAGAAGAAGAACGUGUUGUCAGAAAACUGGAACGCGUGUGUUUCACUGAUAUAAUAAUACAACGUGUCUUGUUUGUAAAGUAAUUUCUUGCCGCUGUCUGGCUGCCCAGAAACACUCUGCACCAAGAAGAUACAGUUACUCUUUUCUUUCUUUCAAGCUGGCGAAGGAACCUGAAUCUCACCGUUUAUAAUGUCUCAGGCCACCAAACGGAAACACGUUGUCCAGGAGGUUCUUGGAGACUUUGUCACACCCACAGAAAACCAGCAGAUCGUGAAGGUCAUCAGUAGCCGGGGUAAUAACCUCCAUGAAGCUGUCACUGCCCAGGGGGAGACUUUCCUGGUGAGCAUGCCCACCAAGUUCCGCAAAAACAUCUGGAUCAAGAGAGGUGACUAUGUCAUUGUGGAUCCCAUCGAGGAAGGAGAGAAGGUGAAGGCAGAGAUCAGCUUCAUUCUUUACAAAGAUCACAUUCAGUACCUGCAAAAACAACAGCACUGGCCAGAAGGGUUUAUGGAGGAGCCACUGGAGCAGGAGAACCAGCAUGCAAACAAUCAGCAGGAAAAGGAAGAGGAGAAGAAAGAUGAGGAAGAGGAAGUUAGCGACUCUGAAGAUGACGAGAGCGACCUUUUCGUAAACACCAACCGCUGUAACUACCAGUACAGCGAGAGUGAGGACGAGGAGGACAGUGAGGAAGAAGAUGAUAGCAAAGAGGGAAGGACAGAGAAUGGUUCCUAGUGGCAGCGCUGAGGACACGGACAAUCGAGAGUGACAGCUGUGUGAGUGCUGCCAUUACCGCUGACUGAUUUGAAAGGACGGUCCUCGUGCAACAGCUCCCUCGGCAGGUCUUGCAGCCUGUUGUCUGUUGCCUGUGUAAAAUGAUUGAUUGAGGAGUGCAGGGCGUGGUGAGGAUUUAAACAACUUUUCAGUUUUGCUGCUCCUCUGAAGGGUAUUGUUGUAGUGACCUGAACUGGUACCACCCUUUACAGAGUAGUGCUAACUGUGUUGAUUUGAUUUCCAAAUGAAUACUGCUGAUAGCCUAUGUAAUUCAAUUGGUCUCAAGCACCAAAAGAUGUUUUAUUUUUAUUUUUUAUUAAAUGCUCUAGUUUCAACUGACCUUGUAUCAUGUACUUAAUAGUUGGCCACUGUGCUGCUUUGUGCCUCAUCUUUUCCUGACAUUCCUUGCCCAGUUGCUUUUGUGUUUGUGUAAUGAUGUGUGUUUAGGAAAUAGAUGAAUUCUUGAGCUAUUUUUCCUAACAUCAUCCUGUCCCCACGUCUUCCACUUCAAAAAGUCAACAUUUUGUUUUCGUAAACAGUGUUUGUUUUUUUUCACAUUUUUUAAAGAAACAACUCUUCAGGAAAAAGUGCAGAAGUUAUACAAGCAGGGAUACGAAAAUAAAUACAAAAUUCUCAAAACAUGAGCUCACAACA